AUGGCCGACUGUUUGUUCACUGUGCCCGUGGGAUGCGAAGACGUAAUUACAACAACCACUGAUGAACCCGAAACUACAACCGCAUUGACAUCUUCGACGGAUGAAGCAACUACGGUUGUACCUUCAACGCCACUACCGGAAGAGACCACUACGAAAUCAGAAAUCACCACACCUUCCGCUCCAAAUACAGCAAUACUCUGCACUGGCUUCGGAAUCUACCCGGAUCCGUACGAUUGCAGUCGCUAUCACUACUGCCCAGCUGCUGGAGAAGAGUCCUGGGAUCAAUUGUGUCCUCCAAACUACGGCUUCACCUAUAAAUCGGCGGCUUUGUCCAGCACGUUUCCUUGCAAGCUCAUCAUUUUUCCUUCCGACUGUACCGCUGUCGAUUGUUCAACAGCGUCGAUCUUCAAACCGUUUGACAGCUCCAAACUGCAUUAUGCCUAUUGUUACACCGAAGAGGUUUCUCGUCAUCCCACGAUAUCUGUGUUCAAGUGUAGCGAAGGAGCAACAUUCGAUGGGUCUACGUGCGUAUUCAACUGUCUACGUGAGGGACUGUUUGCCAAUACGGUAGCUCCGACGACCUACUAUCAAUGUUACCGCUCCGGGUUGAGACUGGUUUCGAAGUUGGUGAGCUGCCCCGCUGGGAAGCAGUUCGUAGAAAGCUUGAAGACUUGCAUUUGA